GGGGGGGGGUUAUGUGGAUCAUUCGAGUUUAUCUAACAGUGCGAGAGGGGCAAGUAGAAUACAGUGAGGUGAGUGUAUUUCUAUUUCAAUUGAUCGAGACAGUGAGAUGGUAACUUAGAGUAAACAUAUUCGUCAAGAUAGCUGUCAUUUUGAAUGUCUUUUAAAAUUUUUUAGGUCUUUCCGAAACUUUUUCGUUUAGAAAAUGAACGUCUCAAUAACUAUAGUCAAUUUCGUGCUGUAUAUCAUAUUACAAUUAUUCAAAUACGUUUAUUUACUCCAACUGAACCUCCAGAGAGUGAAGUGGUUAUUGAAGAUGAAGAUGACGACGAUGAACAACAAAUUCAAUGA